ACGCGUGGAGGCGACGGCGGUCGUGCUCGCGCGCGCGCGCCCUCGUGCAGUGGCGCGCGAGCGGCGACGAGCCGCGCACAGCAGCUUUGGUCGUCAGCUGCGUCAGGCGCACGUCGGCUUUGUGUUUCGCGACAUUCGGCUUGAGGCCGAUGUGACUUUGUGGACUUUGGGGACUUUGGGGACGGCAACAUCCGCAACGGCGCGCUCGGCUGCUUGACGACGCAGAAAUUGGCCGCGCGUGAGAACUUUUCGACGCGGAGGCUCGACGAGAGACUUUUUUUCUUCUGCUUCUUUUUCCGACUGCGACUUUGUUGGCAUCUUUUCUCGGCUGCAAUCGCCCCCAGAAAUGGUGGGCCACCUCCACUUGCAAGCGAUGGAUGAAAGCCUCAAAGGACAGAACCGGGAAGGGCUGCUCGACAGUCCGGAUUCGGGCCUGCCGCCCAGUCCCAGUCCGCCUUUCUGCUCCCUCUCGCCGGCUCUCGUCGAGCCCGCGGAGGGCCAGCAGCAGGCGGCCUGGAAGAAGGACGCCAAACUGGUGUCUUACUUGCUGCUCAACACCACGGGAACAGACCCCAGGACUCGCAUGUAUCCCGUCAUCUACGGGGAGAGCAUCGAGGUCGACCCAAAACCGGAGCAAGAACUCAAGUGCACUUCGGCGGUGCGCUACGAUUCGGACAAGCAUUACCGAGACCGAGUGUACUGCGUCCCCGUCCCCACGGCGACGGCGUACGGCGAGACGGUGGUGGUGUUGCCCAACUGCAGCUGGAGGAGCUACAAAUCGCAAGUGUACCUGGAGCCGCGGCAGAAGCCCGUCAGCUACCAGACCACCACCGUCGUGUACCCCAAACACGCCAAGAACAUUUACCGCACCACGCUGACCUACAAGGCCGCGCCCGCGCGCCGCUGGUUCGUCUCCAGAGUGCAGCUGGAGUCCAGCGAGGAUUCAAGUCCCUGUAUCAUCUACACCGAGGACCUGUAGGCCCCGCAACGGUUUCGACGGGGUUUUUUUUUUUGUUUUUGAGGAGUUGAGGAUAACAUAGUAGCAGGGCAACACGCAAGAUGACCUCAUUUUUUUUUGUUGGCGGUGUUCAUCUCUACUCGCUCCCGAGGAAAUCUUGAAACUUUCCACUGUUGCAGUUUCAAUUUGCAUCUCAGCGGCUUCCGUCUUACUAUUCCACGCAAACCCCGUUGGCUCCUGGCGGGACGGACCUGGCUGAAAACAAUGACACCGACGCGGGGGAACAUUUUUUAUACAACCCAACGGCGAGGAUUUGAUCACGCGAGCCGGUGCAUCCUUUCUAAUUACGGCUUGAUUGCACAUAUGAAAAGCAUCUUGAUGUGUGCGCGCGUGAACGAUUGGACCAAAGUUGUUGUUUUUUUGUUUUGUUUUUUGUUUUAAUUACGUGAGAUGCGCACGGAACAGCCACACAAGCUGCGUGUGGCUCACACGCACAAACCUUUUCCGCACCGUAUUGAGGCUCGAAUCAAUUUGAAUGAGGCAUCGUAUUUAUUCAGAGAUGCGUUACAAUCCCAGCCGGGAAUUCUGACUGGAAAAAGGGAAAAUGUUUUGUCACAGGAACAUUUCAAUGCCAUUGUCACCAAAGUGACCGAACGUUUCCUCACGAUCAACCCGAACCAAUAUUUCAUAUUACCCGAUGAUUGCAUGGCAGGUUUGAAACUGACUUCACAUUACCACUUUAUUGCCAGAAGAGUGUAAUCCUAAUAACUUCUUUUGUACGAUUUUGAAUCAGAAGAAGAAUUUUUCUCUUGCGGUUUGCAAUCUGUACACCAAUUUAGUUUCAGCAGGUUUUUUUUUUUUUUUUUUUUAGAACAUUAAGGGCCUGAUUUACUAAAGGUUCAGAAUCGGGUGCAGGCUUGAUUGCUCGCAUAAGCAAACGCGGAAGCUAAUUUACUAACCGCGUCUGCCAAAGGCGCAAAAUGAACUGCGGCAAAUCUGCAUGUUUGGCAGACACAAGUUGCAAAUUAGAGGUGACAACUCAUCGAGAACUAAUUGGUUACAACAUUAACAGAGAAGGAUUUUAGAUCAUCGUUUAGAGAGCGUUUCACUUUAUUUCAAAUCCUCGGAACAACAGUAAUAUAAUUAUAAGAAUAAAGCAGACAUUAUCCUUUUGUUUUCCCAAAAUAAAUGUUAUUUGUUAAUAAUGAUCGGAAUCAGAAUCUUUAUUUUGCCAAGUACGUCCAAAAACUGAACAACAUUUUUGCCUAUUUUCUGACCAAAACAGUAACGGAAUCAACAUCAAUUUAUUGUUUGUGCAUUUUCUGCACUUGUCAAUUUGAAAUAAAUAUCCCGCUUGUCAAUAAAGGAAUGGAAAUAAAA